AUGUUCUGGCGCCACCCGCAGCUGGUAUACUUCACUUAUUCAGUCAACACAGAGUACUCGCAGGCUUUAACAGUUGUUCGGGAUCUUCUUGCUAUAACGAGGAUUUACCGUUGCGGUCGCUUCUCAGAGAUGACCGGCGGCCGAGGUGGCCUUGCCGACCUCUGCUCAUCUUUUACCAUUGCCCUGUGGACAACUUCGUAUCUAUGGGCCAAAGCUCCUCCAAGCGAGCGCGAUGAGUUCACUCCGAGGAAAAUCCGCUUUGGUGAUGUUCAGGCUGUAACCCUAUUGAACGGGGGGAAGCUUGGUCUGCUAGGUUACAUCAAGUUUUCACCAAGGUCCCCCUCAAAGCCGUUGUUGAAGAAAUUCAUAUCUUCCGGAAUGCGUGAUACUUAUCUUGUUUGCUCGAGGACCCUUCACGUGUGGCGUGGGUUGUGGCUCUUUGACAUCGAUGGCAGCGAUGAGAACCUCGCCAAGCUCAAACCUUCUGGUUUACUCACUGAUAUACAAAAUAAUGCUGGGAUAACUUAUAUGUAUCGGGUAUCGAACUGCAAUGACAGGCCUACGACUUUCACCAGUCCAAUUGCCAGUGUUACGACAAGUGCGAGGCCAAUCAGAACCUUCAACAAGGUAGGACUCGAGCCGCGUGCGAUCCAGUCUGAUCGACGCAAAUGGGCCUGCUCUGCAUGUUGCCGCACCACUGGCAACCGCCGACUGUCCGAGGAGCUCUUCAGGAGCGACAAUGUGCGCCUGCCUGCGGGGAGGAUUCGGCUCAGCUCCAGCGUACGUAUGCAAAUAAACGUACGAAAUAAUUCACGAAGCUUUGCGAGAGACCGCCAGUACGAUCUGUGUUCCACAGUCGUAGGCGCGCGCGCUUCGGCGUAUGGGGGAGGCUGGUGA